CGCUUUCUCACCUUUUGUGCAGCAGCCGCAGUCACAACAACAGCAGCAGCAUCCCUUUUAUAUCUUCGGGCAUCCCCCUGCUCAGCAACAGCAACAACAACAACAUCAAUCUCAGCAACAGCAGCAACAACAACAACAACAACAACAACAACAACAACAACAACAACAACAACAACAACAACAACAACAACAACAACAACAACAACAACAACAACAACAACAACAACAACAACAACAACAACAACAACAACAACAACAACAACAACAACAACAACAACAACAACAACAACAACAACAACAACAACAACAGCAACAGCAGCAACAGCAGCAACAUCAACAGCCUCAACAACUGGGUAUUAUCUUUCAAGGGCCAAACUUACUUAACAUGGGGGAUGAGCCAAACCUCCUCAAUUCUCGUAUCCUUCAGGAACCAGCAAUUUCUGGAGGCACAUUUUAGCAAUCUCCAGUUCAUUUCUGCCUCACAACUAAGUUUUCUCGGUAGCGAUUUCUCAUUACUACUGAUCUUCUCGUGUUCAGCUAUGGCUUCCGAAGCUCCUGUCAAGAAGGCUUUCAUCACCGGUAUUACUGGUCAAGAUGGAUCUUACCUGACAGAAUUCCUGCUCUCCAAGGGCUACGAAGUCCACGGUAUUAUCCGUCGUUCCUCCAACUUCAACACCCAGCGUCUUGACCACAUCUACCGCGAUCCUCACGUGUCUUCGGCCAAGCUGAAGCUCCACUACGGUGAUCUGUCCGACGCUACCGCUCUUCGUCACUGGAUUGACCAGAUUAAGCCUGAUGAGGUCUUCAAUCUCGGUGCUCAGUCCCACGUCGGUGUUUCCUUCGAGAACCCCGAGUACACUGCCGAUGUCGUCGCUACGGGAGCUCUUCGGUUGCUCGAGGCUGUCCGCAACCACAUUGAGAACUCUGGACGCUCUGUGAAGUACUACCAGGCUGGAUCUUCAGAAAUGUUCGGUGCUACCCCCCCUCCUCAAGACGAGAAGACCCUCUUCCACCCCCGUUCUCCUUAUGCCGUGUCCAAGGUGGCCGCUCACUGGUACACCGUGAACUACCGCGAGGCUUACGGCAUGUUCACCUGCAACGGUAUUCUCUUCAACCACGAGAGCCCGAGGCGUGGUGAGAACUUCGUGACGAGGAAGAUUACCCGCGCUGUUGGUCGUAUCAAGGUUGGGCUUCAAAAGAAGCUGUACCUCGGCAACCUGAAGGCGUCUCGUGAUUGGGGUUUCGCCGGCGAUUACGUCAAGGGUAUGUGGCUGAUGCUCCAGCAGGAGCAGCCCGACGACUACGUGCUGGCCACUGAGGAGUCGUUCACCGUGGAGCAGUUCCUCAUCGCCGCCUUCGGCUACGUCGACCUCGACUGGAAGGAGUACGUCGAGAUCGACCCCCGCUACUUCCGCCCAUCCGAGGUGGACAACCUGCGCGGAUCCUCCGCCAAGGCCCGGGAAAAGCUUGGGUGGAAGCCCGAGGUGGACUUCAAGAAGCUGGUGGCCAUGAUGGUGGACUCGGAUCUCGACAAGGCCAAGCGGGAGCAGGUUCUGGUCGAGAAUGGCUUCCUGGACAGCAACUUCCAGCCCUAGGCUAGGCUCGGCUCUUAGGUUGGGGUAUUUAUGGGAUGUUUCACAGGGUGAUGGAUCUGUGACUAGUUUGCACAGUUGGCGCUGUGCAUUUGUAAAGCGUCGUGACUAAUGCCCUCUAGCAAGAUGGCUUCGACUAUGCAUUGCUCUGAAGCCUGCUGCCCGUCGGGUAGAUGCUUGACCAAAACAAGCAUACACAUUCAGAAUGAAGCAGAAGGCAUCCACCAACUGCUCAGGCUAUGAUGGUGCGGAGUGCAGCAGCUGGCCGUCAUAACUGGAGGACAUAACUGUCACAAAACUGACCAUCAUGUGGCGCGCCAUCAUGCCAUACUGUUGACACCUGAUCACAAAAUAAUGGUAAGACAUGGCAAUGUGCCAAGGGUUUUGUUUGACCUCCAUGCUACACUACAUGCCUCCUGUACAGGUGGAACUUCCCUCACAGCUCGACAGCUACCCAGUUGCUGAUCUUCCUGUGAUCCACUAGUAGCCGAUUACUU